AUGUCAUGUUCCUUGACCCAGAGCUGCUUUAGGCAGCUUGCGCGGAGUCCUUUGAGACAAGGACCUCUGCCUGUCUUCCUCGCCCCUGCGUUCUCUCACCCUCUCCGCACCCAACCUUUCUCGACCACCUCCCCGGCACAAUCGCGAGUUGGCGGCGCCGCGAUCAGCGUACCCCCGGAGGUCUCGCUGAAGUUCAUCGACCUCCCUCAGCCCAAAACCAAGGCCAAAUCGAUCGAUUUCCCUAACAGGGCCAUUGAGGUCAAGGGACCCCUGGGUGAAAUGUCGCUCAACAUCCCUUCCUACGUGAAAGUUGACUACGAUGAAGCCGUCCGGAAAGCAACCUUUGCCGUUGAAGAUACCGAGAUCACUCAUCAACGUGCUAUGUGGGGAACCAUGCGUGCCCUUCUACAGAACCACAUCCUUGGAGUGUCGGAAGGCCACAUCUGCGUCCUGAGUUUCGUCGGUGUCGGUUACAGAGCUACCAUUGAAUCUACGGCGACCACGGUCGAGCCCGAAUACCCCGGCCAGCAGUUCGUCUCCUUGAAGGUCGGAUACUCGCACCCGAUUGAGCUGGGCAUCCCCAAGGGCGUCAAGGCCAGCACCCCGCAGCCGACCCGUAUCCUGCUGGAGAGCGUUGACAAGCAAGUCGUGACCAAGUUUGCGGCGGAGAUCCGCGCCUGGCGCAAGCCGGAGCCUUACAAGGGCAAGGGUAUCUUCGUCAACGGAGAGACGAUCAGACUCAAGGACAAGAAGAUUCGGUGA